AUGGAAUCAUCUAAACCCUUAGAUACACCUAUGGCUCCUACGACUCAACUUAGCAUUGAUGAAGAAGGUGAACCCAUGGAUAGUACCAAAUAUCGUGGUAUGAUUGGUAGUUUAUUGUAUCUUACCGCUAGUAGACCGGAUAUAAUGUAUAGUGUGUGUUUAUGUGCUAGAUUUCAAGAAAAUCCUAAACUAUCACAUUAUGAAGCGGUUAAAAGAAUAUUUAGAUACAUAAAAGGUACAAUGAAUCUAGGUUUAUGGUAUCCUAAAUUUUCCGGUGUUGAUAUUAUGUGUUAUGCGGAUUCCGACUUAGGUGGUUCACUUGUUGAUAGAAAAAGUACUAGUGGUGUAUGUGCUUUUGUGGGCUUAUGUCUAACUUCAUGGUUUUCUAAGAAACAAAAUUCCGUUGCGCUUUCUACCACCGAAGACGAAUAUGUAGCCGCCGGUCGUGCUUGUGCCCAAGCACUUUGGAUGAAACAACUGUUUUUAGACUAUAAUGAACACCAAAAUGAAAUUCCAAUUAUGUGUGAUAAUAAAAGUGCUAUAGACUUAAGUAAAAAUCCCGUCCUACAUUCUAGAACUAAACAUAUUGAGAUUAGACAUCACUUUCUUAGAGAUAAUGUGCAAAAAGGAAAUAUCGUAAUCGAGAAAGUUGAUACAACCGAAAAUGUGGCGGAUAUAUUUACUAAGGCACUGAAAAAGGAUACAUUUAAUACUCUUAGAUUGGGCUUAGGCAUGAUGGAACUCAUCAUUUAA